AUGUCGUCUCCCAUCAAGAUCGAAGCUGUGUACGCAUCGCCGCUCCCGGCGCCCUCGGACAGCAAGACGUUCACGAUCGCGACGGAGCCCGCCGACGGCACGGACACGAAGCAUUUGGCCGCAGUGCGCGAGGCCGUCGCCCAGCUGCAGGAUAGGGUCAAUGCUUACCUGACUGAGCGCAUGGAGGAGGAGAAGAAUUUGGGAAAGGCGACGGAGGAGGAUGAUAUCGAGGCGAGCUAUGGCGAGGAAGUGGUUGAGGAGGAUGUGUGCACGUCGGAAUAA